AUGGCUGCCAUGACUAUAGAUCCAGUGGAGCAACCUCGGAUGUACCAGCAGACCCUGCUUCAGGAUGGACUGUGUGACCUCUUAGAAAAUGACAGAUUUGUGGAUUGUGUCCUCAAAAUCCAGGACAAGGAGUUCCCCUGCCACCGCUUGGUUCUGGCAGCUAGCAGCCCCUUCUUCAAGGCUAUGUUCCUGUCUGACUUGGAGGAGAGCAAGAAGAAGGAGGUUGUCCUUAAAAAUGUGGAGCCUGGGGUUAUGGGGAUGAUCCUGCGGUACUUGUAUACAUCUGACAUUAAUCUGACAGAACAGAAUGUCCAAGAUAUAUUCAUGGUUGCCAACAUGUACCAGAUCCCCUCCAUCUUCUCUGUGUGUGUGUCCUAUCUCCAAGAAAAGUUGGUGCUCGGGAAUUGCUUGGCUAUCUUCAGACUGGGGCUGCUUCUGGAUAGUCCCAAGCUUGCUCUUGCCGCGAGAGACUUCAUCUGCGAGCGCUACCAGGUUGUUGUCAGGGACCAAGACUUUCUGCAGCUAGCUCCCAGCGAGGUGGCCAUCAUCAUCACCUCAGACGCCCUUAAUGUUGAGCGGGAGGAGCAGGUGUUUGAAUCCCUGAUGGACUGGGUCAAGCAUGACGAGACCAAUCGGGUCAAAGAUCUGCCCGAGCUGUUGCACUGUGUUCGCUUCAGACUCAUACCUUUGGAUUACUUCAAAGAAAAAGUGGAGCGUCACCAGUACAUCCGCUUCAGCCAGGACAUCAAGAAGGAGCUGGAUCUCGUCAGGGACGCUCACAGAGGGCGGCUCCCUAAGCCAAAGAAGCCUGCAAGAGAUGGGGCAAAGGGGGGUGAAGGCAGUGAGGAUGAGGAAGAUGAUGAGGAAGAUGAUGAGGAAGGUUACCUGCCAGGCAUACUCAACAACAAUCCUCGUUUUGGGAUGUUUGAAAUGGACCUCGUACUUAUGAUCAGCGCCACAGGGACUGUGGCCUAUGACCCGGCAGGAAACGAGUGCUUUGUUGUGUCAGAAUCCACUGAAAUUCCCAAGAAUCACUGCAGCCUGGUGACAAGAGAGAACCAAGUGUUUGUUGUGGGAGGGCUUCUCUACAAUGAAGAGGACAAAGAUGAACCAUUCAGCUCCUACUUCCUGCAGUUUGACCCAGUCAGUUCAGAAUGGUUAGGGAUGCCUCCACAACCCAACCCACGCUGUCUGUUCGGCCUGACUGAAGCUGAAAACUCAAUCUUUGUUGUUGGAGGAAAGGAACUGAAGGAAGGCGAGCACGCACUAAGCUCAGUCAUGAUCUACGACAGACAGUCUUUCAAAUGGGGAGAAUCUGAUCCCCUGCCUUAUGAGGUGUAUGGCCAUGGAACUGUAUCACACAAAGGGCUCAUCUACGUCAUUGGAGGAAAGUCUGAAAGCAGGAAGUGCAUGAGAAGAGUGUGUGUCUACAAUCCCACUAAGUUUGAAUGGAAGGACCUGGCCCCUCUGAAAACAGCCCGCUCUCUGUUUGGUAUCGCCGCCCACAACGACCAGAUCUUUGUGGUAACAGGAGUCACAGACUCAGGCCUCACCAGCUCUGUGGAGGUCUACGACAUUGCCAGCAACAAGUGGUCUGAGUUCACAGAGUUCCCUCAGGAGCGCAGUUCCCUUAAUCUGAUCGCAAUGGGGGGGUUCCUGUACGCUGUGGGCGGCUUUGCCAUGAUGCCCAGUGAAACCAGUGAGGAGCCCGUCCCAACAGAGAUGACUGACAUUUGGAGAUAUGAUGAGUCGGACAAGUGCUGGACUGGGAUACUGCGUGAGAUUAGCUACGCGGAGGGAUCCACUAUUCUUUCGGUGCGUCUCAACACUCUGCGCCUCACCAAGUUAUAACUGUACCAAACUGUUGGCGCCAUGAGGUGAAUCGUAACUUUAGCGCUGUGUUAAACGGAUGCAUUGAU